CUCCCUUUGUCAGGCCUCACACCACACUGUCCAGGGCCCAGGUGGGCAUGAGCCCUAGUCACCCACGACCUGCAGGCCACCCUGGGCAGUGGAAGUCUGUGUGUGCAUGUCAGCCCACAGGGCUAGCUCAGGUGCCCACACUGCCCUCUGUGUUACUUACAGAUGCUGCGCCGGGACAUGGCGCUCCCUCACGCCAUCCUGCUGGCGGGAGUCUUGGUGGAAGUCACCAGCAGGUCCACAGAAAGUACGGUCCCGCAGCCCCAGUGUUGUGUGGAGGUGGCAGAUGUCAAUGGCACCUGCCCGAGCACAGGCCAGUGUGGCCCAGGUAAGCAGCCCCUGAAGGCCAAGGGUUUGAGCCGGCCUUCCACCCUGCCCCCAGGCCCUGGGGAUGGGGAACUGGCGUGGUCCCGUGAACCAGGCGAACAGUCUCCGACAAAGAGGGACACUGGGUUCCCUCCACGGAGCUUCCUGGAGCAGGUGACAGCAGACCCCCAUGGCGUCUGCAAGGAGACUAGGCAGCCAGGGACGCACUUGCAGAGGCCCUGGUCUGAGGGAUGCUUAGUGCACGACUCUCACGCGCACAGCAGCCCUCGCAGGCCGCGGUCUGCUCAGCUCCACUGGCUGCAAGAGCAGAGCACCCCCACCCCACCCCGUGCAGGCUGCUACCAGCACAGGGCGGAGGACGGGGGCAUCAGCUGCCUGCAGUGCCCCAACACCUCCUUCCCGGCCGCGGCCACCAACAGCUCCGAGUGCCACAGCCGAGCACGGGGACACCCACGAUGCCAAGUGCCAGUGAGUCACCCAGCACAGACGGAACCCACACAUCUGGCCCUGCUUGGGGAGGGGUGUGGGAGCCCGGGGGCUUUGCCAGGGCUGGUUCCCCUGGCUGACCUGGGCCAGGGCCACUCACACCCUUGUCCAACUCCUGCCUGGCGGGGGGCAGGAGGCCGGGCCAGCCCCGAGGGAGGUGUGGGGAGCCAGUGGGGCCCCGGGACUGGCCGUCACUCUGCCGCAGGGGGCCCCCAGGUGGUUGCCUCGCUCUUCCUGGGCACGUUCUUCGUCAGCUCGGGCCUCAUCCUCUCUGUGGCCGGGUUCUUCUACCUCAAGCGCACCAGUAAGCUCCCCAGCUUCUGCUGCCGCAGAAACAAAGCCCCGGCUCUGCAGCCCCGGGAAGCCGCGGCGAUGAUCCCCAGGCCACAGUCCUCAGUGCGGAAACCACGCUACGUGAGGCGAGAGCGCCCCCCGGACAAGCUCGUGGGUGCUGCAAUGCCCCCCUCAGUGGAGGCCCGAGUCAGCAGUGUCUAGACCCGGCAGCCAGCCUGCAGCUGGACCAGGACAAGCCCUGAGGCCUGGGAGGGCCUGGACUGCACCUGUGCCCUGCACUUGGAGUGGCACCCUCAGCAGCAGACACCCCGAGGGAAGCCAGCUGCACCUGGCUCCCUGGCACCCGCCCUUCCUGCUCACUGACACCUGUUUGCAGUGACUGCUGCAACUUCAUCUCAGUCCCCAAGAGUGGGGGCGGGGGUGGGGGGGUGGCCAAUAAGAACCAGGGGUAGCUCUGAGCCAGUGGUGGGCAGCUGCCCCCUUUCCCCAGCCUGCCCCUACUCACACUCUGGCCUACAUACCAGAGGUGCCAACUAGGCCAGCCGGGGUGCCUUGUCUGUGCUCCACGGGCCAGGAGACCCAUCUCAGCUCCCUGUGGAGUGAGGCCCCAGCCACCCUUGCCCUGGCUGCCAUGAAGGGACGGGUC